CAUUUAAUUUAUUUCCACACUUCAAUAUCCAUGCAUGACAUCAAACCUUACAUCACCAACUACAAUACUAUAAUCUCUUUGCUAACAUUCAUAACUUCAUAUGAUGCUGCAUUAAUUCUUAAAGAAAAAAAAACAAGAAUCAAGAAUCAAGAUCCCUCCAAAAACCAAUCUCAUAAUAAGACAGAUAAGCCAAAAAAAAUUAAAAAAUUAUAUAAAUUCAUGUUCUAUAAAAGUGAGUCUAAGACAGAAACAUAGUAGGAAAAAAACUGUCUUACUUUCUCAUCUCUUGCAUGGAAGCUCUCUGAUUUCUCCAAAAAUUUCGCGGUGGCUGUCUGCUUCAUGCAGCAGUGAUGGAAGGCGGCGACAUAUUCAGAGUUAGCAGCGCGCGUUUAAGCAGCUCAAACAUAUGGAGGAACACAGGCAUGGAGGUUUUCUCCAAGUCUUCUGUGGAGGGUGAUGAUGAGGAAGCAUUGAAAUGGGCUGCUCUCGAGAAGCUCCCCACGAAUCUUCGUAUAAGGAGAGGGAUACUCACAGAGGAUGAAGGGAAAUCGCGGGAGGUUGAUAUAAGGAAUCUUGGAUUAGUGGAGAGGAAGAAUCUUGUGGAGAGGCUGCUGAAGAUUGCAGAGGAAGGGAAUGAGAAGUUCUUGCUCAAGUUCAAGGAAAGAAUUCAGAGGGUUGGACUUGAUCUUCCAACUAUUGAAGUUCGAUACGAGCACUUGAGCGUUGAUGCAGAGGCCUAUGUAGGUGGGAGAGCUCUGCCUACAGUGUUCAACUUCAUUGUUAAUAUCUUGGAGGGAUUCUUGACUAGUUUUCAUAUUCUUCCAAGUAGAAAGAAGCCUUUACCUAUUCUUCAUGAUGUUAGUGGAAUCAUCAAACCUGGAAGAAUGACGCUUCUUUUAGGCCCACCGAGCUCUGGAAAAACAACGCUGCUGCUGGCUUUGGCCGGAAAGCUUGAUCCGGAGCUAAAAGUAUCUGGAAAAGUGACAUACAACGGGCAUGAGAUGAACGAGUUCGUGCCACAGAGGACGUCUGCAUACAUCAGCCAGCAUGAUCUGCAUAUAGGGGAAAUGACAGUUAGAGAAACACUGGCUUUCUCCGCGAGAUGCCAAGGAGUUGGAGCGCGUCUCGAUAUGCUGGCUGAGCUGUCAAGAAGAGAGAAGGAAGCAAACAUCAAGCCAGAUCCUGAUCUUGAUGUAUUCAUGAAGGCAAGUUCAAUUGCAGGGCAGGAAGAAAGUGUGGCGACAGAUUACAUCAUCAAGAUUUUGGGGCUUGAGGUCUGUGCUGACACUUUGGUUGGUGACGAAAUGGUUCGAGGGAUUUCGGGAGGGCAGAGAAAGAGACUAACAACAGGGGAAAUGCUGGUUGGACCAGCUAGAGCUCUAUUCAUGGAUGAGAUAUCGACUGGUUUGGACAGCUCAACGACGUUCCAGAUUGUGAACUCGAUCAGGCAAACCAUCCACAUUCUACAAGGGACCGGUGUGAUCUCACUGCUGCAGCCUGCACCAGAGACGUACGACUUAUUUGAUGACAUAAUCCUCCUGUCAGAUGGCCAGGUUGUGUAUCAAGGCCCACGAGAGAACGUGCUAGAGUUCUUCGAGCACAUGGGAUUCAGAUGCCCUGAGAGGAAAGGAGUAGCAGAUUUCCUUCAAGAAGUGACAUCAAAGAAGGAUCAAGUGCAGUACUGGAUGAACAAAGAUGAGCCUUACAGCUAUGUGUCUGUGAAGGAAUUCUCCGAAGCAUUUCAGUCCUUCCACGUGGGAAGAAAGCUCGGUGAUGAGCUUGCCGUCCCUUUCAACAAGGCAAAGAGCCACCCCACAGCUCUCACCAGUGAUAGAUAUGGAGUCAGCAAGAAGAUGCUUCUCAAAGCCUGUGUCGACAGGGAGUUCUUGCUCAUGAAGCGGAACUCUUUUGUCUACAUAUUCAAGCUGAUACAAAUUAUUAUCAUGGCUAGCAUUUCGAUGACACUAUUCCUAAAGACGGAGAUGCCUAAGAAGACAGAAACAGAUGGUGGGAUAUACAUGGGAGCUCUCUUCUAUGCUCUUUUGAUCAACAUGUUCAAUGGAUUCUCAGAGCUGGCAUUGAGUAUAAUGAAGCUCCCCGUGUUCUACAAGCAACGGGACCUUCUGUUUUUCCCUCCGUGGGCGUAUUCUCUGCCAGCCUGGGUGCUCAAGAUCCCAAUCACACUUGUUGAGGUUGCUAUAUGGGUUGUUAUGACUUAUUACACAAGUGGAUAUGAUUCUGAUGUGGGAAGAUUCUUCAGGCAAAUGCUUCUGCUAAUAUGUGUGAAUCAGAUGGCUUCUGCGCUGUUCCGUUUGAUGGGAGCGCUGGGGAGAAACAUCAUAGUCGCCAACACAUUUGGAUCAUGCGCGUUGCUGACCGUUCUUGUCCUAGGCGGAUUCAUUCUAUCGCGAGAAAAUAUCAAGAAAUGGUGGAUAUGGGGUUACUGGAUUUCACCUUUGAUGUAUGGACAGAAUGCAAUAGCUGUGAAUGAGUUUCUUGGGAAGAGUUGGAGCCAUAUUCCGCCUGGCUCGACUGAAUCUGUUGGGAUCUCGGUUCUGAAAGCUCGUGGGAUCUUCCUAGAAGCGCGUUGGUACUGGAUAGGCGUAGGCGCCCAAGUUGGCUACGUCUUCCUCUUCAACCUCCUCGUCAUCGCAGCUCUCACUUACCUCAACCCAUUAGGAAAACCACAAGCUGUUAUAUCAGAAGAGACAUCAGCAGAUAGGAAUGAUUCUGGUGCAAGAGACAACAAGACUGAUCCAAAUAGGAAGAGAGGAAUGAUUCUACCCUUCCAACCUCUCUCAAUCACAUUUGAUGACAUCCGGUACGCAGUAGACAUGCCGGAGGAGAUGAAAGUGCACGGCAUCGAGGAGGAGCGCCUCGAGCUCCUCAAGGGCGUGAGUGGCGCGUUCAGGCCGGGAGUCCUGACGGCGCUGAUGGGCGUGAGCGGGGCGGGGAAGACGACGCUGAUGGACGUGCUGGCGGGCAGGAAAACCGGGGGAUACAUCGAAGGGACGAUCAAGAUCUCCGGGUACCCGAAGAGGCAGGAAACCUUCGCACGCAUAUCCGGAUACUGCGAGCAGACGGACAUCCACUCGCCCCACGUCACAGUCCACGAGUCCCUGCAGUUCUCCGCGUGGCUCCGCCUGCCCCCCGAGGUGGACGCCGCCACGCGGAAGAUGUUCAUCGACGAGGUGAUGGAGCUCGUGGAGCUCACCCCCCUAAGAGACUCCCUCGUGGGGCUGCCCGGCGUCAACGGCCUCUCGACCGAGCAGAGGAAGAGGCUCACCAUCGCGGUCGAGCUCGUGGCCAACCCGUCCAUUAUAUUCAUGGACGAGCCGACGUCGGGGCUCGACGCGAGGGCAGCCGCGAUCGUGAUGAGGACGGUCCGGAACACCGUGGACACGGGCCGGACCGUUGUCUGCACCAUCCAUCAGCCCAGCAUCGACAUCUUCGAUGCCUUCGACGAGCUGCUGCUGCUCAAACGAGGCGGCGAGGAGAUCUACGUGGGCCCGCUCGGCCGCCACUCGACGCACCUCAUCAAAUACUUCGAGGGGAUCCAAGGGAUCAGCAGCAUCAAAGACGGAUACAAUCCGGCUACAUGGAUGCUUGAAAUCACUGCUUCACCACAGGAAGCAGCUCUUGCCCUUGAUUUCACUCAAAUAUACAGAAACUCUGAGCUCUACAUGAGAAACAAAGCACUGAUCAAGGAGCUGAGCGAGCCCGCCCCGGGCUCGACAGACCUACACUUCCCGAAGCAAUACGCGCAGCCGUUCUGGACUCAAUGCAAGGCCUGCCUGUGGAAGCAACACUGGUCCUACUGGCGGAAUCCGCCCUACACGGCCGUGAGGCUGCUCUUCACCACCUUCAUCGCUGUCAUGUUCGGAGCCAUAUUCUGGGACCUCGGCUCCAAAAGGAAGAGGAAGCAAGACCUAUUCAACGCGAUGGGAUCCAUGUACGCCGCUGUGCUAUUCCUCGGCGUGCAGAACGCCACCUCCGUGCAGCCGAUUGUGGCCGUGGAGAGAACCGUCUUCUACAGAGAGAAGGCGGCCGGAAUGUACUCCGCCCUGCCUUACGCCUUCGGACAGGCUGUGGUGGAGCUACCUAACCUGCUGGUGCAGACGCUGAUCUACGGCGUGAUAGUGUACGCGAUGAUCGGAUUCGAGUGGACGGCCGUGAAAUUCUUCUGGUACCUCUUCUUCAUGUACUUCACCUUGCUCUACUUCACUCUCUACGGGAUGAUGACGGUCGCCGUCACGCCCAACCACAACAUCGCCGCCAUCAUCUCCUCCGCCUUCUACGGGAUCUGGAACAUCUUCUCCGGAUUCGUCAUUCCUAAAACGAGGAUUCCGGUGUGGUGGAGGUGGUACUACUACGCCUGCCCCAUCUCCUGGUCUCUCUACGGAUUGGUAGCUUCGCAGUUCGGCGACGUCGACGCCGUGCUCGACACCGACGAAACCGUCGCAGAUUUCGUCACGACUUAUUUCGAUUUCAAGCAUGAUUUUCUGGGAUAUGUGGCGGUUAUCAUCGUCGGAAUCAGCGUGCUGUUUGCCUUCAUUUUUGCCUUCUCAAUUAGGGCCUUCAAUUUCCAAAAGAGGUGAAACAAGAGCUUAGUUUGUAACAGAACUUGUACAUUGUAGAAUGUUGCAAAAACAAUCUUCUUUUUUCUGGGUAAAUUCUGAUGCAAGAGAAGAGAAAUACAUUCACCAAAACCUCAAAUGGAUUAAUAAA